UUCGUACUAACGUUAAUACUAAUGUUCGUACUAACGUUAAUACUAAUGCUCGUACUAACAUUAAUACUAACGUUCGUACUAACGUUAAGACUAACGUUCGUACUAACGUUAAUACCAGCAGC